UUAAAACCACUCGUUCACGUAAUUCUCACAAAGCAUAACAAACACCCACAAGAAGUGUGUCCCAUUUCACCAUAUUUGUUACUUAUGAACGAUAGAUUAAAAAAACUACAAGGUUUGAGGUUAUGUCUACCUGUGACCUUGAACGUCCCAAUUACUAAAAGCACACAAGACACGUGUCAGCACUCCAACAAAACGGUUUAAGAGAGUCACACAGUUCACAGUCGACUGUUCUUUUAAACAACAUGAAAGUGGUAGUUUUGCCUGCGCUUUCCGACAACUAUAUGUAUCUUAUAGUUGACGAAAAAACUAAGCAAGCGGCAAUCGUGGACCCGGUCACCCCCGAUACGGUACUGGAAGCCGUUGAACGGGAAGGUGUUAACUUGACAAAAGUGCUGACAACUCAUCACCACUGGGACCACGCAGGGGGUAACGAGCAACUCGUGAAAAAGUCGAAAAAUGCGCUGCAGGUUUUCGGGGGCGAUAAGAGAAUUGGGGCGCUUACGAAUCUCGUGAAGCAUGGAGAUAAGUUUUCGAUUGGGGAUAUUAAUGUGGAGUGUCUGUUCACGCCGUGUCAUACAACGGGGCAUAUUUGUUACUAUGUAAAUGCUGGAGGGCAGCCCCCUGCGGUUUUCACAGGGGACACUUUGUUUGUGGCUGGGUGCGGGCGCUUCUUUGAAGGUACAGCUGAACAGAUGCAUGCAGCCUUGAUCGAUAUUUUGGGAAAUUUACCUGAUAAUACUCAAGUCUAUUGUGGGCACGAAUACACUGAACAAAACUUGAAAUUUGCGAAACACGUGGAGCCCGACAAUCCCGAUAUUUUGAACAGAAUUGAAUGGGCUAGAGUCAAAAGAGGGAAUAGGGAGCCCACAGUACCUUCGACCAUUGCUGAUGAAAAACAAACCAAUCCCUUCAUGAGGGUGUGCCAGAGUUCAGUGCAAAAACACGCAAAGUGUGAGAAUUCUAUCGCAGCAAUGCAAGCCAUCCGCAAGGAAAAGGAUUCAUUCAAAGCUUAGAUAUUGUGUAAAAAAUAUAAAUUCGUUGUUUAUGCUUAUAUUAUUUUUUCAUAUUAUAUUCUGAUAAUUCC